CCCAUCGGCCGAUAGGCGCAAUCACCCCAGCGCCGCCUCUUCCUCCAUCGGGCGAUAGGCGUAAUCACCCCAGCGCCGCCGCCCGACCGCCGGCGCAGCAUCCUUCCUACCCCGGUUUUCAUUCUCCAUCGUUAUUCCUCCUCUCCAGCAGCUUGGUCUCUUCCCAUUGCCCCCAAAACCAACCACGAAAAGCCGAAACCCUCGCCUCGCCGUAGCAAUGGCUGGAGAAGACGCCACCGCCGCAGCUUCCGCAGGCACUGAAGCGCUGCAGAAUCCGCCCAAGAAGGAGGAGGAGGAGGAGGAGAAGGACGAAGACGAAGAAGACAACGCGCCGCUGUCGGUUUCUCGAGGCAGGAAGAAAGCGGGCGGGGGGGCUGUCUCCAAGCCCAAGAAGGAGGAGGAGAGCGAUGACGAGGAUAACAUUCCGCUCGCGCGUUCUCGGGCCCAAAGGGCGAUGAUUGGUACUGUAAAGAAGGAGGAAGAUGAAGACGAGGAGGAGGAGGAAGGGGAGGAGGAUGCCGACUUCAUGCCGACUCCGCGGUCUCAGGCCAAGAAGGGAAAUGUGAAGCAGAAAAGCAGUGUCAAUAGCAAGGCAAAGGCUUCUAAAGUUAAGAAAGAAGAAACUGAUUCUGAUGAUGACUCCAAGCUGACAUUGCUGAAGAAAAGUACGAAGAACUCCAAGAUUAAGAAAACAAAAGAUGAGGCUUUUGAAUAUGAUACCAAGGAGAAAAAGAAAAUAAAGAAAGUUGCUAUCAAGGAAGAUAAAAAGACGGCUGCUGGAGAGAAGGUGAAGAAGGAGAGAAAGGUGUAUGAAUUGCCAGGGCAAAAGCAUGAUCCUCCUCCUGAAAGGGAUCCAUUGAGGAUAUUUUAUGAAUCGCUCUACGAGCAGGUGCCCAGUAGUGACAUGGCUGCAACAUGGUUGAUGGAAUGGGGCUUGCUCCCAGAAGAUGAGGCUAGAGAGGUCUUACGAAAGAAACAGGGUCAGAAACUGAAGUCACCGGUCAAAACAGUUUCUGCACAGAGAAAGACAAGUACUCCAACUAAGAAUCAACCAAGAUUGGCUAAGGAAACCAAGUCAGCUGCAAAGGACACUGGAAAAAGCACAGCACAAAAGAAGAGGAGGGCAGCUAGUGACACAGAUGACGAUGAUGAUGACUUUGUCUUGUCUAAGACAAAGACCAAAAGGCAAAAGAUCUCAAGCUAGGUCUCAUCCUUAGCAAGCGAGGCAUGUUCUUCAUUCACCAUGACAUUAAGCUAGAUCAGGAUAACCUUAGGAAGGGAUGAAAUUUUUUCUCUUUCAUAUGCUGAUGAGAAGCGAUGACAACUUUGUCUUUCUAUGUGUACAAUGGUUCCAUGUCUUCUGGUGCUUGCGUAGUGAUUCAUUUUUUUCUUCUACCUGAAAUGCUAAUGAGAAAUGUGAGAGGUUGUCAAA